AUGGGACCUAUCGUGGCAGAACAGGAACGGCCGAACCCAACUUAUCGUAAGCUCUAUGAUGAGAUCAAGCCAGCGGCGGGAACCUGGACGAUUCCACACCAUGCCAUAGAGCCUGUAUAUUGUACAGCCCUCAUUCUCGCAAGGCUAGCAUUGAUUGGUCACGACAUCCAGGCCGAAUACAACGAGAAUCGGGGUGGUGCAGGACUUGUUGGAAUCGACGUGGAUUUUCGAGAAGCUGAGAAUGAUCUCGCGAAAUACUGUAAGUUAUUGGCAUCCAAUUAUUCGUCUUGGUUCGAGGCGCAUGCUGAUGUUCUUUUCCCGAAAGCAAAUGCCUUGGCGAAUUACAAAGCCAUCACAGAGUUUUUGGAUAUUGACUUCCCUUCGCGCAUGAAGGCGUUAGAAGGAUCUUUUUCGUCGAAUUUCCGUGAUAUUGCUCUUCGGAAGUUCUCAAUCGAGCAGUACCGAAAGGAAAUUGCAAACAGCCCGCUGGCGGAAAUGAUCAAGCGACUCGAAGCCGGACAAGAGAUCCAUCGCGAAGAUCGCGACGCUGAGGCGAUCGAAUUUGUAGAAUUCCUGAAGGAGACGAACAAAGAUUUGGCCACGAUGGUUAAGAAGACUAUGUCUGAAUCGGUAUCUAGGAUAGCUUCGAUGAAAAUUGACAAGAGACAUGAACAGACACGUGAUAAGAUUAGGGAAGAACGGAAAUUGCUUGUUUGGAAGAUGAGUUUGGCAUCAUUCAGUGGCCUCACGCUGUUGAUACCGACGUUGAUCAUGGUGUUGCAUCCGGGGAUCAUCACCGCCUUAGUCACAACUUCCGUCUUUGUUCUGGUGGUUGGUGUCAUCCUUUCGACCUUGAUGACAGACGCAGAUCCAAAAGAUGUCGUUGCAGCCACCGCAGCAUACACGGCUGUUCUCGUUGUGUUUGUUGGUACAAGUGGAGGCAGUACAAGCGCCGCAGGUGGUACAAGUACUGACUCAAGCAACAAUUCAUCAAUGAGCAAUGGCGCGAUUGGGGGAGUAGUUGUGGUUUCGAUUGUCGGUACCUUUCUGCUCAUGAUAGCACUAUUCUUUCUAUGGGUGUUCAUUGCAUUGAGGAUCCCCGGGGUGCCCAUCCCCAUUCCUGGGAUGGGAAAGCAAAAUCCCCGCCGUAAUGAAGGAAAAAAAUCACGGUCCAUUUUGAAGAUGGCUCAACAGGAGAGCCAAGAAUGGGAAGCGUAUCGCAACAGGGUCGACGUAGCGAUCAAUUGUCUACCAAUCGCUCCUCAUUAG